CACGUGGCGCCGCCCCGGAAGCGGAAGCGGCGGCGAUGGCGGCGCGGCGCGCGGUUGCCAUGGGGGCCUGGGCCGCCCCUCCCCCACGGCGGGGCUGGACCUGGAGGGGCCUCGGCAGCAGGCCGGGACCCCCCGACCCCCACUCGGUUCUGGGGGUUCGUCCCGGCGCCUCCGCCCGCGAGAUCCGCGCCGCGUUCCUGGCGCGCUGCAAGGAGGUGCACCCCGACGGGGACCCCUCGGACCCCUCCCGCCACGGGCGGUUCCUGCUGCUGGCCGAGGCCUACGCGGCCCUGAGCCCCCCCCGGACCCCCGGGACCCCCCCCCGGGACGCCCCCGGGGCCCCCCCGCGCCCCGGGACCCCCCCCAGUGGGAAGCAGAACCGGGAGAACCGGGAUCAGAACCGGGAGAACCGGGAUCAGAACCGGCGGUACUGGGAGCAGAACCGGGAGAACCGGGAUCAGAACCGGCGGUACUGGGAUCAGAACCGGCGGUACUGGGAGCAGUUCCGGCCCCCCGGGACCCCCCCCAGAACCUCCCCCCGCCGGGUCCUGGGGGUGCUGCUGCUGCUCAUGGCCCUGGGGGGGCUCGCCCACGCCCUGGCCUACAGGUACCUGGCCGGGGCUCACGCCGCCUUCCUGGACCGGCAGGACCGGGAGCUGCGAGCGGCCUACGAGCGAGCCCGGAGCCGGGCGGGGACGCACGCGGAGGUUCUGAGGCGGCUGCGGGAGCGGGGGAGGGGCCGGGGAGGGGGAGGGGGCGGCGAGGGGGGAGGGGAGGGGCCCUGACCCCCCCUUUGCCUCCCCUCCCACCCCGUCCCCCGCCCCCUGCCCCUCCCCCCGCUGCUC